AUGGAAUAUAAAUCUCGAGCUAGCCCAGAACAGUUUGCAAUUUUACUGGAAUUCAUGGAAAGUUAUGGCGAUAUAACGAGACCCCAGCAAGGGCCACAAGGCCGAAUUAAAGCUGACCGACUGUGGCAGCAAUUAGAACAGCUAUUAAACUCCAUAGGUGGAGGAGUAGUAAAACCAAGGGACAAGUGGAAAAAAGUGUGGGCAGACUGGAAAGCUAAAACUAAGAAAAAAGCUUUAGCAAUACGUCGUGAGGCUUCUGGUACUGGUGGUGGUCCAAGCAGCAGACAAACUCUCACUGCUUCAGAAGAGAGGGUGUUGAGUAUAAUGGGCUCAACCAUCAGUGAGAAACACUCAACCAUCCCCGACCAGAGACUCUAA